AAAAUGUAUAAACACUAUAUACCUAGAUGGUUCAAUGUUCGUUUCGAAUUAGAGUGAGGUUUAAGACGUCAAUGGCUUACAUUAGUUGUGCAUGUUGCUUGUAACGAUCAAAAAGUAACGAGGUAGCGUUUUGCGAUCCGCAAGUAUUUUUUAAGUGUGACAGUAAACGACGACACGAUGGCUGGGAUCCGGGAUGAGAUUUUAGCUAACUUUCAGGCAUGUACAGGAAUUGAUGAUGUUGGUGAUGCUAUUAAAUAUUUAGAAGAAUCAAAUUGGGAUUUAUUGGCGGCAGUAAAUCAAGCUAUGCUUCAUGCUACACAACAAUUACCUUCUGAAGUAAGUCCAGAUAUAGAAAUGAUAGAAGAAAUUGAAAGAAUGCCUCAGGCACAUUCAUUAUCAUCCCAAACCAAUUGUGAUCCUAAAAGUAAUUCCAAAGUAGAAGUAACAGAAAAUUCAAAACCAGGGACAAGUAAACCUAAAAGUUGCGAAAGAGAAAGAACUCUUACAUUCCAUAUUAACCAUCUUAAUAAUGAAUAUAAAAUAAAUUUGUCUGAGUUUUCAUCAUUAAAGGAUCUCAAACAGCUUAUAUGGGUACAAACAAAUGUGCCACCUUGCCAACAACGUUUGUAUGGGUGGAAAAAAGAGCCGAAAUCAGAUUAUAGAUCGUUACAAUCAUUAGAUUUACCUAAAGAAAAUACAUUGUAUAUGUCUCCUGCAACAGAAGAUGUUGAUUUAACAACUGAUAUAGUGAGUUUAUCAAAUCGAAUGACUCAAACGUAUACUUUGAACAUUAAAAAUGAAAUAAAUAAGGAAACAUAUAACUUGAAAUUUCCUGGAACCAAUACAAUUUUGGAUGUAAAAUCUGGCAUUUAUUCAUUAACAGCUGUUCCAGUUCGAAAUCAACAAUGGAAAGGCUGGCCAAGUUCAGUAAAAAAUGAUAAUGUUAUGUUAGCUCAGAGUGGAAUUUCUUAUCCAGAACAUGAUCUGUCUGUUAAUGAAAUCCCCAUAAAAAAAGAAAGAAAGGAAGUUAUAGACCUAGUUGAGAGUGACAGUUCUAUAGAUGAAGAUGAUAUAGAAGAUGAUGUUUUUGUAGAUAAUGUCAGAUCCACAAAAACUCAACGUCUUAUGCCAGAAAAUGUAACAGAUGAAACAAUAGGUACAAUACAUUUUGCAGAAGAAUUUAAAAAACGGUAUGGGCCAGCACAUCCAAAAUUUUUUACUGGUACAUUUGAAGAUGCCGUUAAAGAAUCAUGUUUAAAGCCUGCGAAAGAGAGAAAAUUGUUAGCUGUAUAUUUGCAUCAUGAUAAUAGCGUAUUAGCAAAUGUAUUUUGCACACAGUUAUUAAGUUGUGAAGCAGUACUCCAAGUUCUUUCAGCAAAUUUCAUUGUAUGGGGUUGGGAUAUUACAUUUGAAUCCAAUAAGCAAAAAUUUCUUUCAUCUGUAAAACAAUCAUUAGGAUCAUUUGCAACAUUAGCUAUGGAAAAUAUAGAUGUUGAUACUUUACCUGCUCUUGUAAUUAUAAUGAGAGCUAGAUCAAUUACAGAAAUGUUUACAGUAAUACAUGCCAAUGUCGGAGUAAAUGAACUAUUAACUAAUUUAAUUCACGUUGUUGAAGUAUUUCAGGAACAAAGACGUACCGAUAUUGGUGUUGAAGAAGAAAGACAAGCUAGAGAAAGAGUAAAACAAGAGCAAGAUAGAGCAUAUCAAGAAAGUUUAGCUGCAGACAGAGCGAAAGAAGAAGCGAAACAAAUGCAAGAAGAGCUAGAAAAGCAACGAAAAGAACAAGCAGAAAAUGAAAGGUUGGCCGAAGAAGCGAGAAAAGAAGCUCAUAGACAAGCAGUAGAAUCAAGUUUACCUCCUGAACCACAACAAAGUACUGGUGAUGGAGUGCUAAAAGUACGAGUGCGGCUCCCAGCUGGGAAAUUUUUGGAACGUAGAUUUCAAUCUGAUACACCAUUACAAACGCUUCUUAACUUCCUUAUUGUGGAAGGUUACCCAACAGAAGAAUACAAAGUUCUAUGUAGUUGGCCUCGAAGGGAUGUAAGUAGAUGAUUUAACUUCUAUGGAUUCGAAAUUAACUCUUAUGGAUCUAAAAUUCUGUCCUCAAGAAACAGUAAUUUUAGAAGAACGAUAAGUAACUUGUUGUAAUUAAAUUAAAAUGUAGAAGUUAAACAUUGCAAUAUUCUGAAAGUGUUAUUUAUUUAACAAGUUUUGAAUAGUUAUCAGUUAGUAUGAGUUCAGUUUAUUGUGUAACUACAUUUUUAUGCUGUAUUUUUUCGUACUAUUCAUUCGUACGACAAAUGUAGUCUUAUAUUAUAAAAAAAAGGUUCUUUCCAUGCA